AUGGAAGAGGAUGAGGAGUCGGAUGGUGAUAGUGAAGCAGGGGAAGAGAAACUUCGAGAAGGUUGGGUCUCUGUCCAGCUGACGAAGGAAACGAAGCAACGCCUUAGGGGUACUUGGUCGAAGGCCAUUAUUGUUAAGCUUGUUGGAAGAACCAUUGGUCUAUCUUAUAUGCGCUCCAAACUAACCUACCUAUGGAGGCCGACGGGUAGGAUGGACUGUGUAGACCUUGGUUAUGGGUUUUUUCUGGUAAGGUUCUUCUCCAAGGAAGACCUGGAAGCUGUACUAAUGAGGGGACCGUGGUUUAUAGGAGACCAUUUCCUCUCCAUUAGACCGUGGGAACCUUUCUUUAAACCUUCGACGGCGAAUGUCUCUCUUAUAGCUGUCUGGGUCAGGCUUUGCGAGCUUCCCUUUGAGCUCUAUGAGACCGAGAUGCUUAAACAGAUUGGUGAAUCAGUUGGUAAGGUCCUUAGGAUUGAUUCUCACACGGCUUUAGAGGCUCAAGGCCAAUACGUGAGGUUAUGCAUUCAGAUUGAUAUUAAUAAACCUUUGGUGAACACAAUCCUCAUCGGUCGUUUCGAACAACCGGUGAGCUAUGAAGGUAUCCAAAACCUUUGUUUUUCCUGUGGUAGACUAGGACAUAAAGUUGAAGCCUGUCCUUUCACCAUUCGCAAGGGAGUAAAGCAAACGGCCUCUGUGGAGGAAAUGCAGGUUGGUUUGGCGGACGCUCCACGCGAAGAGCAUGCAGCUCAGUGUGCUUCGGCCAAGAGUGACACGCCUAAUGUGUGUGAAGCAGCAGAGGAGGAGGGUGUGUACGGACCGCGGAUGGUAGUGAAGAGGAGGGGGGUUAGUAUUAAUCGAUUUUAA